UCAGGCACAGGGGCACUUCUUGACGGGUUUUCAUUAAGUGAAGGGCAACGGUGGGAAUAAUUUUUUUCUUUUUAAUUUAAAAUUUUACGUGCGGUCGAUGCAUAAAUUUUAGUGUCGUGUACGCGUGAGCCGGACAAUGUUGGAGCGCGUCUCGGCAGGUCUUGGUGCCUGAUGGUUGGUGUGAAAAUGAAACAAGUUUGUCGCUACGAGCAGCUGAUGGCGGCUGAGUGCUGUUUGAGCCUCCGUGUGUCUUGGUCUUGCCACCCCGUUUAAGAACAUCAUACGACUCGCGAAUUAACCGAAAGCACGCCACCUUCACCGCCCUACGCAAACUACUACUCAACCCGUAUUAAAAAUAUAAACGGUGAUCAAAUCCUCGGCGCCUUGUCUAUGUGUGAAACAUUUUUCCUGCCAGACCGAAGAGAUCCCCUCUUCUCGAUAAGCGUGUGUAGUUCGGAGGCCAAGUGUGGCUGAAAAAGCAUAACGGUGCUUGCUUGGGGGACAAACGAAGAAUGUACACGUAGCUGCCAUCCGCACCUAAAGUUCCGCCUUUCGUUAUAUCCAAUAAUCGUACCGACGAUAGAAAAAUCUCGGUGAACAGAGACAGACCCAGGCCGCCCACGGAUUACAUAUUCCUUCACUCGUACGCGAAGAUUUCGAGACUGGCUCGGGGUUGUCGCGAUAAUAAAUUGGUGAAAAUCCUUGACGCUCGCGACAAGGAGGAGCCGCAGCAGCCGCCGCUGCCGCCACCGCCGCCGCUUGCGGGGUCCGAUCAGAUCGAACCAUCGAAUAGUUGACGAAAAAAAGAAGAUCGAGAAGAAUCGAGCAAAAAACCUUCUCCUUCGUCGAGUCUCGCUCGUCUCCAGGCUACCACUAAAAGGAACGAGGAACGAGAAACGAAAGGUGGAGACGAACAGACUAAACGGCGGCUUACUGACUCGACAGAAACAUUCUGCCCGGCGCUCCGUGCGUCUGACAACGCCUAGACAAUAUCCUUCGCCCGCCCUCUUCCAACUGAAUUCCAAAUUUCAAUCACGCAUCCGCGCCGUUCCGCGUCAUUCACUCAAGCUCGGUUAACCAUUAUUAUAUUUUUUCUUUUUUUUUUCCUUUACCUUACCGUUUCAUGCAUUUACAGUAACUCAAUUCCGCAUCACAUCGUCACAACUCUCUUCACCCCUCCUUUUCCCUCAGGCCUACCUUCUUAAACACGCGCGCGCACUUGCACAUACACACACACACACACAUACACACACAGUGUACACACCUCUACGUGUUGGAAACUUUUCUGUUUAACCACUUUAUAUCCCUCUGGUUCGUCGUGCGAUUCCCUGGGUGUGACUGGAUGAAAUACUAGUGGAUAACGUUGUUUGGAAUUUUUACUAAGCUUAAGUGAUUAUAAAAACUGGAACAUCGUUUGCGCUGGCUCCAGAGUUAUUCCAGUUUUUUGUGCUGUGUCGUGUGAGGCAGUUGUGAGUGUGAAAAGUGAAUAUUUGAUCGCGUAAUGGUGUGGUCUCGUCGGCGCGGGCCCACCACCCUUCUUUAACCACGUCUGACACAGCGAAAGGGCAGCAGAGGCUAGAGCGUGAUACCAACGUCGUCUCCGCCUCCAGCUCCCACAGUGCCUCCAUCGUACCACCAAACAUGUCAUCUGCAACGUUCGUUGACCGGAUAGAUCCCUUUGCCAAACGUUCCCUUAAAAAGAAGUCCAAAAAGACUCAGGGAUCGUCACGAUACAGAAACUCACAGGAUGUCGAACUGCUCCAGCUUGCCCAGCUCAAAGAUGUCUCAGUAUUAGAGCAGGAGGAGUUGUUCCACAGAAAACUGCGACAAUGCUGCGUCGCGUUCGACUUUAUGGAUCCGGUGACAGAUCUGAGAGGCAAAGAAAUCAAACGUAAUACCCUCAAUGAGUUGGUCGAAUACAUCACUGCGGGACGGGGUGUUCUCACAGAAAGCGUCUAUCCUGAGAUAAUCAAAAUGAUUUCGGCAAAUUUAUUCCGCACACUACCACCUAGUGAAAAUCCGGACUUUGAUCCAGAGGAAGAUGAUCCAACCCUAGAGGCAAGCUGGCCUCACCUUCAGUUGGUUUACGAGUUCUUUCUACGUUUUCUCGAGUCCUCCGACUUCCAGCCAACUAUCGGCAAGAAAGUUAUCGACCAAAAAUUUGUUUUACAGUUAUUGGACUUGUUUGACUCGGAAGACCCUAGGGAACGAGACUUCCUGAAGACUGUCCUACAUCGUAUUUACGGGAAGUUCCUCGGCCUUCGAGCCUUCAUACGAAAACAAAUCAACAACAUUUUCUUGAGGUUCGUUUACGAGACAGAACAUUUCAACGGGGUUGGAGAACUGCUCGAAAUACUGGGCAGCAUUAUUAACGGAUUUGCUCUACCUCUCAAAGUAGAACACAAGCAAUUCUUGGUCAAGGUUUUAUUACCGCUGCAUAAAGUGAAGUGUUUAUCACUUUAUCAUGCACAGCUGGCCUACUGUGUAGUACAAUUCUUGGAAAAAGAUGCCACCUUGACAGAGCCAGUUGUUCGCGGACUUCUUAAGUUCUGGCCUAAGACAUGCAGCCAGAAAGAAGUCAUGUUCCUCGGUGAGAUCGAAGAGAUACUGGAUGUUAUAGAGCCUAGCCAAUUUGUCAAAAUACAGGAGCCACUAUUCAAACAGAUUGCACGUUGUGUGUCUUCGCCGCAUUUCCAGGUUGCAGAGAGGGCGCUGUACUUUUGGAAUAACGAGUACAUCAUGUCGCUAAUUGAAGAAAAUAACCACGUGAUAAUGGGAAUCAUGUUCCCUGCCCUAUAUAGAAUCAGCAAAGAACACUGGAACCAAACAAUCGUGGCCCUCGUCUACAACGUCCUUAAAACCUUUAUGGAGAUGAACAGCAAGCUUUUUGAUGACCUCACAGCCAGCUAUAAGUCUGAAAGACAAAAGGAGAAAAAGAGAGAGAAAGAGAGAGAUGAGUUAUGGAAGAGGUUAAACGAGUUAGAAAUGGAACGACGUGCAGCUAUCACAGCCCCGUCUAGCACACCAGUUCCUAACACAACCGCAUCUGUCACACGAGCCCGGCCUUGAGUCGGUGGAAACUCAGUACUACGCUGCCCAACUGUUAGUCCUUAGUUUACGUCGAUUGUCCAUAUAAUACAAAAAAGAUGAGAAAAUGAAAAAAAAAACAAAUUAUUGUUAGUGAAUACAAAGAUGUCCCAUGAUGACAUUUUUAAUGUAAUAUUAUUCCUUUCUUGAGUUACGCCAGAAAGGCGUAGGCAGGGAAGGGUGACAGCAAAAGCAGUUACAACACCAUUUCCUUGUACGCCAUAAUGAGAGGUUGAUAAUGAUUUCUAAUGGUUUUGUUGUGUAUAUUAAUUUUUAAUAAUUUUGACGGCAAUGAUCUAAGUUCUAUGGUGUAAUCUGUGUCAGCACAUAAUGCAAGGAUGUUAGUCCCUUCUUAAUUAAGGAUAGCUGUGUUUAGUGGGAGGAGAUGAUCGGGGUGGGAAUAUGAAGGGAUAAGGCUUAUAAAUAUGUUAUAUUAUUUCUAUAUCCAUGCUCGUGUAUACAUAAUAUUCAAUGUCUAUAUUACGUGUGUCUCUAUCAGAUGCGCGAUGUGCAUAAUACAGCGUGAAAGC